AUGUCGCCCUCCGCUAUCCACGGCAAGGUCACCCCGCCAUACCAGAGGCCGAACCUGUAUAUCCAUGGAAUUGGAGUGGAAUAUCCUCCUUACGAGAUCAAGCCAGAACAUGUGGAAACUCUCGCACGGCGAUUCUAUCCCAGCACCCCUGCGCUCGAGAAGGUCCUUAAGAUCAACGAAUACACGGGGAUUGACACUCGCUCCGCAAUAGGAACUAUUGAUCAUCCUAUUGCGAAUUCGCCAGAUCCGCCGACGAUCGCCGAGCUCUGCGAUCUCUUUCUAGACCACGGCGUCAAACUGUCCAUUGAGGCUUGUCGCAAAGCGAUCAAGCAAUGGGGUGGUGACCUGUCCGAAAUCACUCAUGUUGUUGCCACCACCUGCACGAACUCGGCAAAUCCUGGCUACGAUCAUUUUGUCAUCAAGGGGCUCGGUCUCAAUCAGAGCGUAGAGAAGGUCCUUCUGCAUGGAGUAGGGUGUUCUGGCGGGUUGGGCGCAUUGCGCACGGCGGCAAAUAUCGCUCUUGGCUCCAGCUUUCGCCGAAAGCCUGCGCGGAUAUUGGUCUUUGCAUGCGAGAUUUCAAGUACUCUUGUUCGGUCCGAGCUGGAAUCGAUCCACAAGGAUCAGGAAAUCAGGAUAGGUGUGGCACUGUUUAGCGAUUGUGCAUCUGCGGUAGUGCUGGGAAAUGGAUUCAGUGACCGCUUUGACGAAGAGCCCAUGCUUGAGCUGUUGGGCUGGGACCACAGAAUCAUUGAGGAUACUGAGAAAGAUUUGGGAUUUGACGUCGACCCUGUCGGCUGGAAGGUUGUCUUGACUCAAAGAGUUCCCAAAUUGGCGGCAGCUGCGGUUCCCCCGAUGUUCGAAGACCUGGUCGGGUCAAUACCAGAGCUGGUCGACCAAGGGAAGUUCAAAGCCUCAGAGUAUGACUGGGCCCUGCACCCGGGCGGGUCCACGAUUAUUUCUGGGGUCGAAAGAGCAAUGAAACUGAGGCCCGAGCUUCUCCGAGCGAGUUAUGGGAUCUACAUCACUCACGGCAACAGUUCCAGUGCAACCAUGUUCAGUGUUCUGAACAGGUUGAUGGAGGGCGAAACCACCGAGCACAUCGUCGGUUGUGCCUUUGGUCCCGGAAUUGCGGUGGAGAUGAUGAUGUUCAAGCGAACCAGCCAGAUCUCCGAUCCUGGAACAGCCAGUCCUACCGAGACUCUGGUCGCCGAGGACGUUGACUGA